GUCCCUACUGUGGGCCUUGUGGGGAGUAAUGGGGCCCCGCCCCGCGUUACUGGGGCUUUGACGGGGGAGAGCACUCAAAUUGUCGCCCGAAUGGAAAGAAAAGGCAGUUGCCGAAAGGAAAAAGACAAAGGAAACUCAGACUUCAGAGCCCUCCCUAUUCACAGAUACAGGAAGAAGCUAGUUGAGGCUGUGAGAGACAAUUCAUUUCUUAUUGUGACUGGGGAGACAGGAAGUGGCAAAACUACCCAGCUCCCUAAGUAUCUAUUUGAAGAAGGCUUUGCAAAGCAUGGAGUGAUUGGUGUGACUCAGCCACGCCGAGUAGCUACCAUGUCUGUGGCUGAGAGAGUGGCUGAGGAGAUGAACUCUUCACUGGGAAGCAUAGUGGGAUAUCAGGUUCGCUUUGAUGACUGCACCUCUGAGGGUACUGCAAUCAAGUAUAUGACUGAUGGCUGCUUACUGAGACAGGUACUGGCAGACCUCCAUCUUACCAAAUACAGUGUCAUUAUACUGGAUGAAGCCCAUGAGCGGAGCUUAAGCACAGACAUUUUAUUUGGCUUGCUGAAGAAACUGUUCCAACAAAAGAAGCCUCCCAAGAGAAGGAAAGCCCUGAAGGUGGUGGUGAUGUCAGCCACCCUGGAGGUAGACAAGCUCUCAGAGUUCUUUGGAGGCUGCGCAGUGGUGGACAUUCCAGGAAGGAAUUAUCCCGUCAAGGAGAUAUUCUGCAGCCUGCUUGGCCCAAAGGAUGCAGAAAGCUCUGCCUAUGUUACAGAGGCUGUAAAAGUGACCCUGGAUAUCCACUUGAAUGAGUCAGCAGGAGACAUCUUGGUUUUUCUAACUGGACAAUCUGAGAUUGAAAGAACGUGCGACUUACUUUUCCAGAAAGCGGAAUCUAUUGAUUACCGCUAUGAUGUGCAAGAUUGUUCUGUUGAAGGUUUGCUUAUCUUACCGUUGUAUGGGUCAAUGCCAACAGAUCAGCAGAGAAGAAUAUUUUUGCCACCUCCUCCAGGCAUUAGAAAAUGUGUCGUAUCCACAAACGUUGCUGCAACAUCUCUGACCGUUGAUGGAAUCAGGUAUGUCGUUGAUAGUGGAUUUGUGAAGCAGUUAAAUCAUAACCCCAGGGUUGGCUUGGACAUACUGGAGGUGGUUCCCAUUUCAAAGAGUGAAGCAAUGCAACGAGCAGGCCGAGCUGGCAGGACAUCAUCUGGAAAAUGCUACAGGGUGUACAGCAAGGAAUUCUGGGAUCAGUGUAUGCCUGAUCACAUGAUCCCAGAGAUUAAGAGAACUAGUCUUACAUCUGUGAUCUUGACCUUGAAGUGCCUUGCCGUACAUGAUGUCAUAAGGUUCCCCUAUUUGGACCGCCCCGAAGAGAGGCAUAUUUUAGAGGCUCUUAAGCAACUUUACCAGUGUGAUGCUAUUGACAGGAGAGGCCACGUGACAAGACUGGGAGAGUUUUUGGUGCAAUUUCCUCUCCCUCCAAACCUGACCUGUGCUGUCAUAAAGGCAGCUUCUCUCGACUGCGAAGAUCUAUUGCUUCCCAUAGCUGCGAUGUUGUCUGUCGAAAAUGUCUUCAUACGACCUGGUGACCUUCAGAAACAAAAGGAAGCAGAACUCCGCCACCAGGAACUGUCAUUAGAGGCAGGAGGAUGCAAUGAUUUUGCAACCCUUUUAAACAUCUUUGAACAGUGCAAAUCAAGCAAGUCUCCUGCAGCUUGGUGCCAGAAACACUGGGUCCACUUCAGAGCUUUAAAAUCUGCUUUUAGUGUGGAAGCACAACUUCAGGAAAUAACCAGUAAGCUUAAACAGCUGUCAGACUUCCCAAGAGAGCGUUUUGAUGGCUCCAAAAAUGAGAUACUCAGAAGAUGUCUGUGCACGGGGUACUUCACCAAUGUAGCCAGAAGGUCCGCAGGCAGGACGUUCUGCACAAUGGACGGACAUGGUAGCAUAGUCCAUCUUCAUCCUUCAUCAGCACUCCAUGACCAGGAACCUCAACCUGAAUGGAUCAUCUUCCACGAUGUCCUGGUCACAUCUAAAAUGUAUGUGAGGAUGGUGUGUCCUAUUCGCUAUGAGUGGGUCAAAGACUUGUUGCCUAAGUUGCAUGAAAUUGAUGUGUAUGAACUGAGCAGUGUGGCACGGGAAGAGGUGACCGAGGAGGAAAUAACCAAGUGGAAAAACAAGGAAGAUCUCAAACGACAGUAUGAAAAACUAAAAGAUGACUCUGCAAAGAAGAUGGAGAAAAGGAAUGAUGAUAAAUCAAUACAGGAUGCCCGAGUGCGUUACCUCCAGAGAAAACAGCAAAGGGCACAGUGUAUAAAUGCCAUGCUGAAGGAGAUGGGUUAGUACAGUGAUGAGUACUCUAGCAAAGGCACUCAGUGCAAUUGCUUGUUGAUAAGCUUGCAGCAUAACCACGCCAAAAAAAGAAAAGAAAAGGUGAGAACUGAAGGAAGCUGCCAGUUCACGUGGAGUCUGUCUGCUUGGGGGCACAGCCUGAUACUCCUUGCUGUUUUUGUGACAGACAGUGAGGAAAGGUUAAUGAGCUGAACUUUCAUUGCCAUGUGUCUUAGGCAGUAACUUAUUCACUGCAAAUGUGGCUGAAGAAGCAGUAUUUACAGCCUGUUCUAUGUCACUCAGUUGGAAUUGGAGUUGGCCUAUAAAAAGGGGCAUUGUGUCAAUGCAAUUUUUAAUCACAUUUUCUUGAAAACCUUUUGAAAUAGAGUAUAACUGUCCAGUGUUACAUUUUUAAAAAGAUAUGUAUUUGUUUUAUUUCCUUUUGUAAAUUGUUGGCUUAUAGGAUCUGUGUGAUCGUUCUACUAAAUUAUGUAUAAUUACCAUUUUUAAAUUGUAUACUACUUCAUGUGCUCUUUUAACGAUGGGAUAAUAAGAAUCCAAAUUAGAAAGGCUUAUGUCAUUUACCUAUGUUCUGCCUCAUGCAGGAUCAUUACUUACUCUGUAUUUAGCUGUACCAUACACAGUGAUUGCUUUGGCAUUAAAAUGUCUCAUUUGGAUGGUUUUUUUUUUUUUGUAAAUGGAUGUUUGCGUUCUUGCCAUCAAGGCACAGCCUGUUUGUCAUAGGGAAGUUGCCCCGCAUUGCUAUCAUCUAGUUGGGAAAGGAACAGCAGUCUGUCCAUUUCUCCUUUCCAGAUGGUUACAUCCCACAAUCCACCAACAGGCCACCGCCUCCUCAGAGCUGUCUGAUUUAAUGUUAGAAUGUGUUUUUUUUUUAAAUGAUGAUGUUUUUUGAGAAGCAUUUAUGGGGUAAAAAAGGUGUCUACAUUCUUGAAUCAAGGGUAACUGUGGAAAGAUGCUCCUCUUCCAGAUGUCUGUCUACUUUCUAAUAUUUGUCAUCAGUCUGUGUUUAGGCUUGAUGUAGGGCAUUAAGAAGGGGUGUAAUGUUUCCCUGC